AUGCUGCUGUUAGAUAGAUUGGCAGAGGAUGUUAAUCGGGUAACCUGGCCCGUUAAUUUUGCACAGGAGUACAGUGAAAGUUCCAGCACUAUAAACUCAAAAACGAUCACUAGCUACGCGAAUGACUACUUCACAAAGCAGAAAAAAUACUCUUCGUCUAUAGUAAACGACAUCUUUCGAAUUGUUCUUUGCACAUCAUCUGUCUGCCCCAUAUGUUUAGUGACACGGAUCAACUUCGAAGAACUGAUAAACUUGAGCGUGAGCCUUGCUACUGAUGGAAAGAGCAAUGCUAGGAAACUCGAGCCACCACCGAUUAACCUCAUCACUUGUUUGAAUGCACACUUCGAGUCAUGUACUAUGGAACGGACCUGCUCCAAAUGCGGAAAGCAAGAAUUUCUCCGAUCGCUCUAUAUUUGGCGUCUCCCGGAAGUACUGAUCAUACAUAUUAAACGCUUCAAUUUUGUAGACGGGUAA